AUGGAUGCUGCUGUGAAAGAUGCAAUGCAGCAGCUGCUAGACAGUGAGGCCGGUGUCAAUGCAAAGUUACACAGGAUCCUUGCUUUGUUGUGCAAACACAAUUUGGCAUACUCGGUGAACCUGCAGCCUCAAGACCUUUUGGUCCAUGAGGCCAACAGAGGGGGGGCCAUGGUGAAUGGCCAUGAUGCCAUUGCCAAAGGACAGCACAUAGAGAAGACAGGCCUGAAGCCAGAGCUGCUUCCUCCCAAUAGCAUCUGCAUGGAGAUCAACCCCUCCAAAAGGGAUGCACAGCUUCAGGCAAACUCACAGAUGUGCUUGAAAGCCAAUGGCAUGUUGGGUGAAGUUCUUGGCAGUGAGAGAUUUGUCACCUUAGGCACAUCACAUUUUGUGAUGUACUGCCGGGCUCUCCAACAAAAGGCCUUUGGACCUGAAGGUACCAGGAUGCAACCAAAUCCAGAGUUUUCAGAGCUGUUGCAGAAAGGCUGGCAGUGGGUUGCCAUAUGCAGUGCAGUGGAAGAUGCAUUCCCUACUUUUGCCACAUGGUGCCAGGCCACCUUGAAUUCUGUGAACAGUGCUUCAAAGAUGGUGGGUGAACUAGAAGCAAUGCUUCAGAUUUCCACAUACUUGCAGCAAGGGCAUAGCAUUGAAUCAGCUGUGGCCCUGGUCAAGGCUGCUGCACCGAGUUGCAGCCACUACUUGCCUGACAUUGCCCACUUUGUCAGACUCUUCCUUGGAGGGAGCACUUUUCCUUUGCUGGUGCAAUUAAGGGAUUUCUGUCUCAAAUUUGGGCCUAGUUUGAUGAUUGGAGAGGAUGCCAUGGCCUUGUUGAGCUACCAUGACUUCAGAGUCCCAGGCAACCAAAUGCUCUUCACUCGAGUUGCACUGAUGAGUGCAAUGCUGACAUCAACCAAAGCAUCUGAUGGCAUCAGCAAACUCAUAUUCAAGAGUGGUUUUGACAAACUGACUAGGAGCCUCCAAGACCAGACUAUCAAGAUGGAAGGCUUGCUCAGUGAUGCAUGGUGCCAGUGCCAGAAGGAUCUUGACAAGGAGCCAUCGACCAAAGCUUUUGCAUUUGGCAAACUUUGUGUGAGGAUGGUCCUUUUGCUAUUGUCAAAGCAAAAGUAUGGAAGAGACCCUGAGAUUGACAGCUUUGAAGAUGUGCUGGCUCUAUUUGCAGAAGACCUCUUGAACAAGAAAAAGGUAGCAGGGGAGAGUUCUGCAAGCAAAGAUAGAGCUUUGAAGGUUGAAGACUUGUUGCAUGCAAGUCCUGCUCAAGUUUGCUUGAUUCAGAAUUCCCACCUUGAGAUUGGUGGCAGGUAUGUGCACCAGCAGUAUGAAGACAGGAUCUUUACAUUUGAGAAAAUGAUGGCAAACCAUUGCCUGUUCAGGUUUGCUCCUAUGUUUGGUGAACCCUUGACAGUGGAAGCUCCAUUUGACACAUUGAAGCAAUGGAAAAGAACAAAGAAAGAGAUCCCCAAGCUGCUUCCAAGUGGCCUUGUGGAAUGUAAGCUGGCCAGCCAGGCCAUGGGGCAAGUGCAAGGUGAUUAUUUGAGAAGCUAUGUGCAGUGUGUUAUUUGUGAAGCUUUCUUUGCCAACCCUUGCCCACAGAAGUUGCAAUUCUCUUUGAACCCAUCUGGUGUAUACACCAGCACCAAAGCCAAGAAAGGUGAGCUGCAACUUUUCCCAUUGGGGGUGGUGCAGGAGGUGAAGCCUGAGAAUUUGAAGAAAGUCAAAGGCUUGGUUUUGCAGUACCAAGGACAUCAUUUUCAAUUGGCACCUUACAAGGCUUUAGCCCAAGCUGAAGCAGAUGCACCAGGCGUCCUGAUUCCAUACCAAUGGGUGCAGGCAUCAGAUGAUGCUGAGACAUGCAACAUGACAAUCAAGCAGGUAAUUGUCAAGGAGGUGAGUUUGCCUGUUUUGGUGAACCAGAGUGGCCCCAUAAGCUCUGACACCUUGUUGGUGAAACCUUCCAGUUCUUGUGCCACUUCUUCUCAGCCAAAGAAAAAGGCUAAGAAGUGA